AUGUCUUCGGACGCCCCCAGUCCUCCCCACGCCUCCGAACCUGCGCUGGCGUCCGCUUCCACUACCACUUUCCGACCCGACGCGUCCGCUUCCUCGCCUCUCUCUCAUGCUGCUGCCCGACCCGAGUCUCGCCUAGUCAACACCCACACACGCGAGAUGGACGCCCCCGAGAGGGAUGAUAUCGGGCAGGGCCCGACCAGCGCCUUCGGGCAGUUCUCAUUUGCCCCGACCACCCGCACCACCGUCGUGACUACCACGACCACUACGACCACCUCUUUCCCGCCUCUCAUCAUCCAACCCCCGCGCGCCAUCAAGGAUCUGGAUGCGAGGCAAUACCCGCUCGCCGCGUCACCAACGCCCGCGGCGUUGAGAAACUUCAACUUUAAGAUCGGCGACAAGUCGAUCGUUUUUAACGAGCCUGAAGAUAUCGCAGGAACCGCCGUCGAGUUGAAGGAGAAGAACGAGGCUCUGCAAUCCUCGAACGGCCUGACUCGCUCAGUCAACUCAUUCAGUUCUGAGGACAGCAACGCACCACGCCGCCUGGCUCCCCCCAGAUCUGUGACACGGCUGCGUGGCUCUCACUCUCACAACCGACCCGUAUCGCCCGUUUCUAUCCCUGAUCCUCGCCCAGCUAUUCUGCCUCGUACCCGUGCAUCUCGAGUCCCCUCCGAGCCUGUAGCACGUCGAACCCGCUACAGUGCAUCAACAUCGUCUCAUCUCUCGCCUGCGGGCCUGGCGACUCCGGACGCCGAGCAAAAUGUCGGCAGCAUUGGAGACGGUCCUGCCCCAAGAUCACGAGUACACAGUGCCGGCAUCCCUCGCAAAGAAACCCUUCUGAGAUCACCUCUUUCCGCGGACGUUGGGUCGUCUGGCACCCCGCAACGGCCUGGGUUGACUUCCGUGCCAACUGCCCAAUCUGACAGCACUGGAACUUCCGGAUCAGAGUCGAACCCCUUCGGGCAGAAUUCAUUUGGCGGGUCAUCGGACAGUGCAUCACAACAGAGACCAGAUCUGUCCUCUCAGCUAUCAGCAAUCGACAAUGCAAUGGCGCAAGAUAUGUGCCUGCCGAGUCCUAGUUUGUCGCCAGUUGCCGCCAUGAAUGCGCUCCACGGAGAAUCUUCCUUUGAGUCAGAAGGUCCUGAUGUAGACACGGAUUCCAGUCUCGACCACAAUGUUUCUCGACAAUCAAAGGUAGCACGUACUUCUGAAGGGAGCUCUCGAAGCAAGGCCCUUUCGAUGCAUGCGUCUCGAUCCCCACAGUCACUUAUGGAUAUGCCAAAGGUCUUUGAGUUCUUUGAUUCCGUGCCCGACGAGGUGAAAACAUACAUGAUGUAUCAAUUCCUACGGCGCUGCCCCAAGCCAACCUUGCAUUUUGUGGCAGAUGUCGUGAACCCAACUCUGAAGUGCGACUUCCUGUCUUUGCUUCCACUCGAACUCAGCCUAAAUAUCGUGAAAUACUUUGAUGUUCAGACCAUGUGCCGUGCUGCCCAAGUCUCCAAGAAAUGGCGCCAUGUCAUCAACUCGGACGAGAAAACAUGGAAGGAACUUCUUGAUCAUGAUGGUUAUGUUCUUUCGGAGGGAGAACUAGAACGAGCGAUCCGCGAAGGCUGGGGCUGGCAGGGCAGCAGCCUCGACGACUUCGAACAAGAUCUCAGCAUAUCCAAGUAUGAAAAGGAUCUUUCUCCAAUCCCUUCCUCGUCAGCCAUCAUCGAUACGGCCCCUUCCACAUCUCUGGCGACGAGCGACAGACGUUCCACCAAAAGGAAAGCGGCCACCCGCGGGUCUGGCCGGAAGUUUGCGAAACGAAAGAUCUCAUCCAGUGGAACAGAUCAGUCCGAGCCAGACUGGAAGAGGGAGAUUGCCGCUUCAGAGGCACCCUAUGCAGCAGCAAAUGCGGCUGCGGCUGCAGUUCCGUACGCCGAGAUCGGGUUGCCUUCCCUGCGCGGUCUGUUCCUGUACAAGUCUCUGUACCGCCGCCAUCAUGCUAUCCGCCGAGGUUGGAUGAAGCCCGCCGUAAAGCCCCAGCAUAUUGCCUUCAGAGCCCACGAUCGACAUGUCGUUACAUGUCUGCAGUUCGAUACGGACAAGAUUCUCACUGGUAGCGAUGAUACCAACAUCAAUGUUUACGAUACGAAGACCGGUGCUUUGAAGGCCACUCUCGAAGGCCAUGAAGGUGGUGUCUGGGCGCUUGAAUAUCACGGAAACACUCUGGUUUCCGGCUCUACUGACCGCUCCGUGCGUGUGUGGGAUAUCGAGCGGGCUAGAUGUACCCAAGUCUUCCAUGGACACACCUCGACCGUUCGUUGUCUACAGAUUGUUCUUCCUACUGAGAUUGGUAGAGAUGCAAAUGGCGAGCCUGAGAUCAUGCCAAAAACCCCAUUGAUCAUCACUGGGUCUCGCGACUCCAAUCUGCGUGUUUGGAAGCUUCCCAAGCCCGGAGAUGCAGUCUAUUAUCCGAGUGGUCCAUUGGCGGACGAUAGUGAUUGCCCAUACUUCCUUCGUGUGCUCUCUGGCCACACCCACUCCGUUCGUGCUAUUGCAGCCUAUGGUGAUACUUUGGUCAGUGGCAGCUAUGAUUGCACAGUCAGAGUUUGGAAGAUUUCUACAGGUCACGUCCUGCAUACCUUGCAGGGCCACUCUCUGAAGGUGUAUAGCGUUGUGCUGGAUCCCAAACGCAACCGUUGCAUCAGCGGUGCAAUGGACCACAUGGUCAAGGUCUGGUCUUUGGAUGACGGCUCUCUUCUUUACAACCUCGAAGGCCACACCUCCUUGGUUGGUCUCCUUGCCUUAGAAAACGAUUUCCUCGUCUCCGCUGCUGCAGACUCUACACUGCGGAUUUGGGACCCCGAACAUGGCCACUGCAAGAACAUGCUGAGCGCGCACACCGGUGCCAUCACCUGUUUCCAGCACGAUGGACAAAAGGUCAUCUCUGGAUCAGACCGUACCUUGAAAAUGUGGGACGUGAGUACCGGCGCAUGCGUGCGUGACCUCCUGACCGAUCUCAGUGGGGUGUGGCAGGUCAAAUUCAAUGACAGACGCUGUGUUGCUGCCGUGCAACGCGAUAACUUGACUUACAUCGAAGUUCUUGAUUUCGGUGCUGCGCGAGACGGUGUGUCUGAGAACAAGCUCGGCAAGCGCGUUGUGGUUAGCCGUCAUGGACGCGAAAUUACUCCGGGCAACAUCGACUCCGACUCUGAUUCCAAUUGA